CGGUGCCUUCCUUGUCCAUGUGAACUUUGGCACCACCGCUUGCAGGGCCCAAUCGGAUCCCAUCCAGAGAAAAUACAUCAUGACGUAGAAAAGUGAUACCGAAAAGUACUCGCAGUGCAUUAGCUUGAGAAUCAAUCCAGAAACCACAGUACAAUGGCAAUCUUUAAGACAGUGAGGCCGAGAGUGUUGUCUGUGUACCAGCGAGUGAGGAGUCCCACAAUAUGUUGCAGGGGCCGGGCUAUCGCUUAUUUAGUUCAGUCCAACGAGAAAUAACCAAUUGCUCAUCAUUUGCUGCGAGGAAAAGAAGUGGCAGCUACCGUAUCUUCAGCGCUCAUUCUUGGUAUAUAGAUAAAAGUGAAGGAUUUGGCAGGUGUUCGCAUUUGCAUACUUCCUCCUACAUAAGUAAUAGUAGCAAUACUCCUAAAGCCUCAAGAAAGUUAAAAGAGGGACCUGGUCUAGAACACUUCAUUGCCAACAGUGGUCUUCCUCAACGAGCCUUAUCAGCGAGAGAACUGGAAAAGGUAUCUCAUCCUUAUGUGCAGGUGGAAGACAUCAGUGGUAAUGGUCGCAAGGUAUAUUUUGACGUGUAUGGUUGUCAGAUGAAUGUUAGUGACACAGAAGUUGCUUGGUCCGUCCUGAAAGACCAUGGGUAUGUACGUGCUACACAACUAGAGCAGGCUGAUGUGGUGCUAGUGAUGACUUGUGCAAUAAGGGAAGGGGCUGAGGACAAGGUGUGGAAUAAAUUGGAAUACCUGAGGGCACUGAAGAAGAAACGCUUAGGAAGGAAAAAUGCACCCCCAAUGAAAGUUGGUGUUCUUGGAUGUAUGGCUGAAAGGUUAAAGAAGAAAUUAGUUGAGCAGGAGAAGAGUGUGGAUGUUGUGGCUGGCCCUGACAGCUACAGGGACUUGCCAAGACUGCUGGCUCUUGUUGAUAAAGGCGAAGCAGCUGUCAAUGUACUGCUGUCAUUGGAGGAGACAUAUGCAGAUAUUGUUCCAGUAAGCUUAACAACCAGUAGAAUGUCUGCUUUCAUCUCUGUCAUGCGGGGAUGUGACAACAUGUGCUCAUAUUGCAUUGUGCCUUUCACAAGAGGCAGGGAAAGAUCACGUGACAUUCAGUCUAUUCUUGAUGAAGUGCGGCACUUGUCAGACCAGGGAGUGAAAGAGAUUACUCUCCUAGGUCAGAAUGUUAACAGUUACAGAGAUGUAUCUGAAACAAAUCACCAGGGACUCUCAGUCACCAAGAAUGAUGAGACACAGUUGGUCAAAGGCUUCAAAACACUAUACAAGCCCAAGAAAGGGGGACUUAGAUUUGCAGAUCUCUUGGACAAGGUGUCACAGAUCAAUCCAGAAAUACGGAUAAGGUUUACUUCACCCCAUCCAAAAGAUUUCCCUGAUGAAGUAUUGUAUCUGAUUAAAGAGAGGAACAAUAUAUGUAAACAAAUUCAUCUUCCAGCUCAGUCUGGUAACACAAGGAUUUUGGAAGUCAUGCGAAGAGGUUACACACGAGAAGCCUACAUUGAACUAGUUGCACAUAUUCGAUCCCUCAUUCCAAAUGUGGCACUGUCAUCAGAUUUUAUAUGUGGGUUCUGCUCAGAAACAGAAUCAGAGUUCCAAGAUACUCUGACAUUAUUGGAAACUAUCAAGUAUAACUUUUGCUACCUCUUUCCUUACAGUUUAAGGGAAAAGACUCUGGCUCACCGCAAGCUUGUGGAUGACGUUCCCCAGUCAGUGAAGGUGGAGCGCUUGAACAGGAUGGUGGAUGUGUUCCGUUCUGAAGCUACUAAGGUCAACAGAGAUCAAAUUGGACAGCAGCAGUUGGUUCUUGUUGAAGGGAUCAGCAAGAGGUCAAAGCUACACCUUGUUGGAAGGAAUGAUGGCAACACAAGGGUUAUCUUCCCAAACGUGGAAGUUGAAAAUGACAGCGGAGCAACAGAACAGAUCCAGCCUGGAGAUUACAUUUCUGUGAUGAUCACCGAUUCAUCUUCUCAGGUUCUAAAGGGGAUACCUUUAAGACUGACUACACUUCAAGCAGGUACAUCUGACUCAAAUGAACAGUACUUAAUAUUUAAAAGAUCUGAAUCAUACUAAAUUAAAUCUGUAAAUAAAGUGAGACGAGAUUUUCAUUUAUAGAUUAUUGGCAGGAUACAUUUUAAAACCUUGUACAUACAACAAUCUGCUGCAAUGUGAUCUGUAUAUUGGUACAUGGACAAAGCAAAAUAAAAAUUUGAAAUGUA